AUGCAUAUCAAGGACAUGCUCAACGACGCCGAGAGGAGCGGCCAGCCCUCCUUCUCUUUCGAGUACUUCCCUCCCAAGACCGCACAAGGUGUUCAGAAUCUUUACGACCGUAUGGAUCGCAUGUAUAACCUAGGUCCUAAGUUCAUUGACAUCACAUGGGGUGCUGGUGGUAGAAUUGCCGAGCUCACUUGCGAGAUGGUACUCCAGGCUCAAGCUGUCUACGGCCUUGAAACUUGCAUGCAUCUGACCUGCACUGACAUGGGUGUUGAGAAGGUCAAUGAUGCCCUUCUUAAAGCGUAUAAAGCCGGGUGCACCAACAUUCUGGCCCUACGUGGUGAUCCCCCCCGAGCUCAAGACAAGUGGACCGCUGCCGACGGAGGCUUCCAGUAUGCCCGUGAUCUCGUUAGACACAUCCGCGAUACCUACGGCAACCACUUCGACAUCGGUGUUGCUGGUUAUCCUGAGGGUUCCGACGACAACAAGAAUGAGGACGAAUUGCUGGACCAUCUCAAGGAGAAGGUUGACAUGGGCGCCAGCUUCAUCGUCACACAGAUGUUCUAUGAUGCUGAUAACUUCAUUCGCUGGGUGAAGCGUGUUCGUGAGCGUGGCAUCACUAUCCCUAUCCUCCCCGGUAUCAUGCCCAUCGCUACAUAUGCCAGCUUCCUUCGACGAGCAAACCAUAUGCAGGCUAAGAUCCCUCAGGAAUGGCUCGAUGCACUUGAGCCUGUCAAGAACGACGAUGUUGCUGUCAGGAACAUCGGAAAGACCCUGGUUGCCAACAUGUGCCGAAAGUUGCUCGCCAACGGGAUUCAUCACCUUCACUUCUAUACCAUGAACCUUGCCCAGGCUACACGCAUGUUACUUGAGGAGCUCCAAUGGGCUCCUUGCGCUGAGCGUCCUCUUCAACAGGCUCUCCCUUGGAAACAGUCCAAAGGACUUGGUCGCCGCGAGGAGGAUGUUCGGCCCAUCUUUUGGAGAAACCGCAACAAGUCUUAUGUGAUUCGCACACAGGAUUGGGAUGAGUUCCCCAACGGUCGAUGGGGCGAUUCUCGCUCUCCUGCUUUCGGAGAGCUGGAUGCUUACGGCAUUGGCUUGACUGGUACUAACGAGGCCAAUCGCAAGAAAUGGGGCGAGCCCAAGACCAUUCAGGAUAUUGCUCAACUUUUCGUCCGAUAUCUCCAAAAUGAGAUCGAGUCUCUGCCAUGGAGUGAGUCACCUCUUACCACUGAGGCUGAUGAGAUUCGAGAGGAGCUUAUUGAGCUGAACAAGCGAGGAUUAUUGACUGUGAACUCUCAGCCUGCUGUCAAUGGCGUCAAGUCUUCUCACCCGGUCCACGGCUGGGGCCCCGACAACGGCUAUGUCUACCAAAAGUCGUACCUUGAGUUGCUGGUGCACCCCGACGUCUUUGACAAGAUGAUCACUCGCAUUGAGAACCACCCUGAUCUGACCUACUACGCUGUGACUAAGGACGGCGAGCUCCGAUCUAAUGUGACAUCUGAUGGCCCCAAUGCAGUGACCUGGGGUGUCUUCCCUGGAAAGGAGAUUGUGCAGCCAACCAUUGUUGAGAGCAUCAGUUUCCUUGCAUGGAAGGACGAAGCAUUCCGACUGGGUGUCGAUUGGGCUCACUGUUAUGACAUGACCUCGCCUAGCCGAGCUCUGCUUGAGGGUGUCAUGAAUGACUGGUACCUCGUCAACAUUGUGAACAACGAUUUCCACGACAACAAAACCAUCUUCGGGCUUUUGAAGGGCCUCGAGGUCAAGGACCUCACCACUCCUGCGACUCCUUUGACGGAGUCGGUAGGUAAUGGCGCCGGAGAUACCGAACCUAUUGUCAAUGGUACUGCAGCCACUGCAGUUGCGAACUAG